UAUUUCAAAAGAAACAGAAUUUAUCCACACACUGUCUGUGAAAAGUGAAACCCACUCGAGGGUUUAAGAGCGAGCUAACGCCAGAGAGACUAUUUUCCAUUUACAAAUCCUUCCUCAUCGUUGCUAAUGAUGGAGACGGUUAGGCUCCGUUUAGAGUUUGAUCAAGUUCUAAGUAAAUCGCAGAAGUCACUGAACCUCAAACGAUGCUGGAUUCUCCUAAAACCUCAGCACCGAACCAUCUCCGAUCUCUCCGAUUAUCUCCUCCACGCCUUCGACCUCCAAAACGAUUUCCCGAACGGCCUUCUUCUCUCUAUGGAAGGUUUUGCAUUGCCGCCUUUUGAAUCCACUUCCAUUUUAAAAGAUAAGGACAUUAUAAGGGUGGAAAAGAAUGGCAGUGUAUCUACUGAAAUAGUGAUGGUAGGCGAUGGGGUGAAUUCCUUGGAGGUGGUAGAGAUUGUGGAGACGCAGCCUGUAGUUGCAGGCAUGAAUCUUCUAGCAAAUGAGGAAUUUGAGAAGGAAUCUGGAGGCUACCAAAGUGAGGAGGUAGAGGAUGAACCAAAACAGGUGGAAGACGCAGUGCAUGUGGAAAAUUCUCCAGAGGUGAAAACAGUUACCAAAAAGAGAAAGGCAUCAAAGGAACUUAAGAGCCCAAAGAGGAAGAAAAAAAGAUCUUCUAGUAAUGAGAAACGUGUUCUUGCUGUGGAAGAAAAUGGGAAGCAGAACGGAACUUUGAGCGCUGCCAAAGUUGAUGAAAGAAUUAAGAGCAGUCAAGCUUUACCUACUGCAAAGAGGCUAUCUCAGCAUCAAGAAAAUGGCAAUGGGAGUGUGGAUGCAUCCCCUACUCCUGACCAAACUAAAAAGUUGCCUAGUAGAAGUGCUCGACGGAAAAAGGCUAAGAGGAUAUAUUUAAGAAGAAAACUGAAAGCUGAAAGAGAAGAGCUGCAACGAAGGCAAUUACAUGUAAAGUCUGAUGAACAGUCAUCUGAAGAGGAUAGCCAGGGAUUCUCUCAAGAAUCAGAUGAAGAAGGAAAUCGAGAAGUUUCUGAACAGAUGCCCGAAAGAGAGACUAACAAACUCGAGGAAGAUCCUCAACAGCCAGAUCAAGAUGGUGAUGAAGAGGAGGAUGUUGUUCCCAUAGUAAUAAGGCCGGGGCAUAUCCGCUUUGAACCACUCAGCACAGUGGGCUCUAAUCAAGCUGUGGAGCAAAAUCAAAUUCCUUUGGAAACCUUUCGGUGGAAUGGAAUAACAAGCAAAAAGAAGGGUCAAAAAUGGGGUAAAGAAAAAAUCACAUCUUGGAAGGGGAAUGAUUACAAAAAUGUCAAUCAAGAGUGUUCCAAGAUGCUUAAUAUUGAAGCAAGACACGUACAUGAUCGUAUCAACUUUGAGAAGCUUGAAUAUUACACUACGUUGCCAAAGGAAGGUGAUGUGAUUGCUUAUCGUUUGCUUAAACUAUCAUCUUCGUGGACCCCAGAACUUUCAUCUUAUGGAGUUGGAAAGAUAUCACGAUAUGAAAUCGAGAAGAAUAGGGUUGGGCUGGUGCCAGUCCCAAAAUAUCCAAUGAUUCCUGAGGAGGAGAUGGGUGAUGAUACAUCUGGUGGACUAUCAGAAGCAUACCCUUGCGCUAGAGAUGGUUCAUUAUGGAUAGACUUUUCAUCACUUUGUGAGGUUCGUCUCAUCUCCCAAGGCAACUUAAAGUCUGUAAAAUCAGUUGCUGCUGGAGUUGAUGGCGGAGAUCAAGAUAAUAGAUCAAAUCUCAGAAAUGACAAUGAAAAUCAUGCUUCUGUCCAGGAAAAUGGAGCAGUAGAUGCUUGGGAACAAAUAAACCAGGCUUUGAAUGCAAAGAAGGCAGAACUAUCUCAGGAAGAUAAUUGGAACAAAACUGAGAGUUCAGGCAGGAGACCCUGGUCCUACAAGGCAUUAAGAGGCAGCGCACUGGGUCCAACUAUGGCUCUACUAAGAGCACAAAAUGAGCUAUAAGCAUUUUGUUUGGGGAAGUUGUCAUUGACCUUUCACUUUUAGGGUUUUCUAGGCCUUAAAGUUCCCAAAUUUUGUUUUGCCAUGUGUGAUGAAAGAAGUAGGGUGCUUUAGAUGGCUUAGUUUUUGUAUAGUGUAUGCCUCCCCACCUCUCUUUACUGAUGUAAUGAUGUGUUGAUGGUUUCAUGUAUCCUAGAGGCGGAAAAGUCUGAACUUUCGUUGAUCAGCUUCCCCUUUGACCAUCUAACUUGAAUGAACUUAUGUUUUAACUUCAAUUGCAAACCUAAACAUCUUCGUCUCUCA